UGAAGCUACCUAUCGAAAAGAAAGAGACCAAGAGGUUACGAGUGUCAAAAUGGAGAAAAAUUGAAGAUUCUACGAAAUUAGAAACGCCUCCCAAAUUUCACCAUGUUACUGGUUUUAGAACAGCUUAGGAUAAAUCCACCAUGACAUGAACCAUGUUAGAUAUAGCAGUGCUGGCCGGGAUAUGUCUGAGCUUCGCCUCAGUCCUACUUGUGUUCGGAUGUAUUUGCCAGCUGUUCAAAAAGUCAUCUCCUGAAUUUUCUACUUUUGAAAAUGAUGUUGAGGCAGGCCACGGUCAGGGAUUGUCCAUAUUUUCUACCCAGAAUGCAGCUGCUGAGACGUCAGAGGUCAGCCAGGUCACAUUUGAGCCACUGCCAGAUAUACUCGCCAAAACCGUGUCAGCCACAGCACUCCGACCAAGGAUCUCAAGCAUCGAAAAAGAACAGCAAAGGAUCACUGCUAAACACAUCACUGUGUACAGACCAUUUCCUCGCAGCAAUCUUCUGUAUGUGAAGGAGAUUGGCAUUGGGUGGUUUGGUCAGGUAUUACUUGGUGAUGCUGAGAAAAUUAACGUCAAUUCUAAGAAGACGAGAGUGGUUGUCAAACUGCUGAAGGAUGAUGCUACAAGUUCUGAACAACAGCUGUUCUUAGAGGAAGUUGCUGCUUAUAGAGAGAUUGAGCAUCCCAAUGUGAUUCAGCUCCUGGGCCAGUGCACGGAAUCAGCACCAUUCUUAGUCAUCCUGGAACAGGCACCAUUUGGAGAUGUGAAGUCCUACCUAAAGAGAUGUCUUCCAGAACGAGAUUCCUUCAUUAAGCGGAGUAUGCCCUUGAGAUUUAUCAUAGACAUGGCCUCCGGACUGGCCUCACUGCACAGGCAUGGCUACCUACACCAUGAUUUUUCCUGUCGUAACUGUCUGGUCAUGUCAGAUCUGUCAGUGAAGGUCGGGGACUAUGGUGUGGCAGAGGAUCACUACAGGGAGGAUUAUUAUGACACGGGGCAGAACCUGCUCCCCAUACGCUGGAUGUCCCCGGGCACCCUGGAAUUACAGGACCACAUCUGGCAAGUCACAAAGUUCUCCAGGGAAUCCAAUAUCUGGUCAUUUGGAGUUGCAUUAUGGGAAGUUUUAGAAUUUGGCCAGCAGCCUUACCACUUCAUGUCAGAUGAGGAAGUUUUACAGAAGGUCAUUAAACUGAGGGUGGUGGGUCUUACCACUGCACCGACAGAGGAACAGAAGGAUCUGUCUGACCUUAUUCCUGUUUGUUGUGCUGGAGAGCCCCCAAGUUUAGAGGACAUCCACUCACGCCUGCUCGAGAUACAAAAAACUAAACAAGAGCAUCGAACCAGUCUGGAGAUUGAAUUUGAUUCCAAGUGGGAGCAGGCCCCCACAAAAGUGGAACCAAAGGUUGUAAAUGUUCAAAAAGACAUUCCUCUCGAUCCCUCAGAAGCUAUAGCUGUAGAUGUCCAGAAUAUGGCGGCUAGUCCCAAAUCACAAUCAUCUCUGUCAUCACCUUCCAUCGUUAACGUUGUAGCAGAUGUUCAUCUUCCACCAAAAGAUCAUUUGAUGAAAACAGAUCUCCAGUCAGAUUCUUCAAACAUACCUGUAGUUAGUGAAAGUACUAGUGUAUCUAAACCUGUGAGUGCAGUUACUAGUACUGCAAAUGUGCCAUUGAAAACUGAAGAAGUGGGGGAUGUCAUAAUGAAUGGUCAUAUUGAGGAUGUGGAAAAGCCCUAUGAUGCUAGUUCUGUCCAAACAAUUUCUAAUGGUUUAAUUGAUGAGCCUCCUGUGAAACAACAGUCUACAGAUGAUAGUGUUAACAUGGAAGAAUCUUUUGACAUUUUGGGGGGAAACUGUGAUAUUCAAGUGGAGAGUAUGACAAAUUUUCAGUCUCCCUUGCCAACACUUAACUCCCCUCUCAAAUUAAGGAGUUCUGAUCAUUUAACAAGUACCCCGGUAGAGAAAAAGGAAAAAUCGGAUGAAGUCCUGCAAUCAGAAGAAUCAGAAAUCCAGAUGGAAGAGAAUCAGGAAGAAGUGGAGUUGAGGAAGAAAGUGUGUGAUGGAAGUGAAAGUCCCACUGGCAGGGGAAGGAAACCUGUGAAAGCCAUGACACCCAGGGCCUUAUCUGAGGAGAUGGAGGAGGAUGACAGUACAGGACGUUACUCAGCCUCCGACAUAGAUAAAGCUUUAGACUUAAUGAAUGAGAGUGGGGGUAAGGAUAGUGUUCCAGCGGUACAAAACGAGAGGGAUUCCUUGAGUUCUGUGAAUGAAGAAGACAAUGAGAAAGAUGAUGAAGAAGAUAAACUGAAGUUGUUAAGAAUGACAAUUGCUAAUGCUCUGGGGCAGAAGGAAGUUGAAUCUCAGGUUGACGAGGAUGGUCAAAACAGUGACACAGAAAAUCCAUUCAUGGAUGACCUAGAUAUCGCUAAAGAAAUAUACAGGUCGAAAGGGACCACUAUUCCUCCUACAAAUCAUACAACAUCAAGGACCUUAAAUACAAUUCCAGAGGAUGGAAUCCCUGCAGAAGACAAUUUGGUAGAGACCGCCAGCAAUACCAAUACAGAUUCCACAAAAUCCAGUCCCAUAAAGAAAGCUUUAAAGUUUGAUCCAUUUGAUGAGUCCAUUUUUUCGAGUUCAGCACAAGACACUUUCGAGUGGGAUGACUACAUAGGAGAUGAGCUUGUCGGGAAAGUGAAUGACGAGGACUUUACGGAUUCCCCGAGGCAGUCCAUGGAGUUUCCGGACUGGACUUUAGAAAUGGAUGCUUCGUCCAGUUCUGCAAGUGAAUCAUUAAAUCAUUCCAAACCAGCAAGUGAGGCUUCCGACAGCCGGCCUGCAAGUCGAGCUAGUAAUCAUUUGUCGACCUCUGAGUCGGAGGACUCUGAUGAGGACCAAGACGUUGAUCUCAGCACUAGUACUCUACAAAACACGGUCAGGGAGGAGGAGAGUACCUUAAUAGCAGAUGACCAAGUCACGCCUCAGCUGGCAGAGGACAUGCAUGAUCGCACAGCAAUUCCAGAGAAAAAUUCCACAGGGAAUUCAGAGGAAUUGGCACAGGAAGGGGUCAAAGGUCAAUUGCAGUCGGAAGCAACUCCUAGCAUUCCUGCUUCAGAGAGCCAAUAGGCUGACACAAAAAGACGAGUUUUAGAUUUUACAUUCUUAUAAUAUCUGCCAACUACAUGUAUUUGUAUACAUCAGAUGUACUAUGGAUUUCUUGGUGAACAAAACAGUUUGUAAAUUUCAAAGACUAUUAUAAAUGGGUGACCUUUUACAGGUGUCACAAAUUAUUGUAUCUGUUCCAAAUGAAAGGUACUAAUAUUCACUGUUUUAUAAAUAAUGUAUUUACAUGUACAUGUAUAAGAGAUGCUAACCAGAAUACAGAAUUACACAUUAUUUAUUUAAGAUUUGUAUUUGCUUGAAAAGUACUUUCUUGGUAUUUUUAAAAUCUAAAAUUGAGAUUUUUUUCAUAUAUGUAAGAAACAGAAUUUUUACUAGCACAUUUACAUCAUAAUUUGUUACUUGACAGGAGGAUUUGUGGAAAUUAUGCUACAGAGUUAUGAAGGUCUUAUGAAAAUUUAGGGAGUGCUGUCACAUUAGUAAAAGUGUUUUCAUGAAGUGCUUAAAUAUGAAACCAGUGAAAAAAGAGAUUAUGGUAUUGGAUGUUUUUAAAAUCUAAGUGCUGCAUUGUUGAACAUUGGCAGUUUGAAGCAUUUUUGUGGGUCAUAUAUGUUAUAUAUACAUGAAUAAUUUUUAUAAUCUCUGUUAUUGCUAACUUAAAUUUAUUUGUAUGAUUAUACCUCUGUGCAAUAAUUAUUUUCUUAUCUUAUCUAGUCUGUAUAGAAUUAGGGGGUUAUGAUACCAUUAAAUAAGAAUUUGAAUUAUUACUAAAAUUGAUGAUUUUUUUUUUGUGGUGUGUAUGAUAGCUUAAAUUAUGCAUUAAUUAAAUUAAAAAAAUAUAGUCUAUUUUUACGUUAAAAAAAUUAUUUCUCAGCUUGAGAAGUUUUUGAUCAACUAGGCUGUAACUGAAUCACUGCAAGUUAAAAUUUAAUCAAUUUAUAACUCGAAUCCAUUUCACAUUAACACAUAUCAGUAUUGUUGAUUUGUCAUAUAUUUACAGAAGAGUUUUCGUUUUUUACAGUUGUAUAUUGAUGCUUUCAUGAACUAAUGGUUCUGAAAAAAUUAAUUUUAUACAAGUUUAUCAUGCAUUGUGCUUUUGAAUAAAUGAAUAUUUUUAUGCAUUUUUAAA